AUGGUUAGGGCAUUAAAACAUCAUGAGAAGAAAUUAUUGAAAAAAGUAGAUUUUCUUGACUGGAAACAAGAUCAAGGUCAUCGAGACACUCAAGUUAUGAGAACAUAUCAUAUACAAAAUCGAGAAGAUUAUCAUAAAUAUAAUAAAAUAUGUGGUGAUAUAAGGAAAUUAGCUCAUAAAUUAUCAUUAUUACCAUCAACUGAUCCAUUUAGAAUUAAACAUGAACAAUUAUUAUUAGAAAAAUUAUAUAAUAUGGGGGUAUUACUGACAAAAUCGAAAAUUUCUGAUUUGGAAAAUAAAGUCACUGUGAGUAUUUUAUGUCGAAGAAGAAUCGGUGUGGUUAUGUGUCGAUUGAAAAUGGCAGAAACUAUAAGUGAUGCAGUAAAAUUUAUUGAACAAGGUCAUGUUAGAGUGGGACCUAAUGUAAUUACUGAUCCAGCUUAUUUAAUCACAAGAAAUUUAGAAGAUUAUUUGACAUGGGUAGAUAAUUCUAAAAUUAAAAGAAAUGUUCUUAAAUACAAGAAUAAAAUUGAUGAUUUUGAUUUAGCAUAA